GGCGCUCUUGCGCUGUCUGAGGAUGCCGAGACGACGCUCUAGUCACCGGAGCUUCGCCGGUUCUCUGUGGCGCGCCCGCCGCCUACUUGGCCACCAUAGAGUUGGGGUUCGUUCAGCGCCAAGUUUGAGUCUGUGGGUGGAUCAUGACGCGACUGCCAAAGCUUGCGGUUUUUGAUCUGGAUUACACGCUCUGGCCUUUCUGGGUUGAUACACACGUAGACCCCCCAUUCCACAAGAGCAGCGAUGGAACUGUACGAGAUAGGCGGGGACAGGACAUCCGAUUGUACCCGGAGGUGCCGGAGAUCUUGGGAAGAUUGCAGAGCCUUGGAGUACCAGUCGCCGCUGCUUCACGGACAGGUGAGAUAGAAGGGGCCAACCAACUCCUGGAGCUCUUUGACCUUGGCAAAUACUUUAUUCAUCGGGAAAUCUACCCAGGCAGCAAAGUCACACACUUUGAGAGGUUGCGCAACAAGACUGGAGUUCCUUUUUCUCAGAUGAUCUUCUUUGAUGACGAGGAUCGGAAUAUCAUAGAUGUUGGCAAACUGGGCGUUACCUGCAUUCACAUACAGGAUGGAAUGAGUCUUCAAAUGUUAACUCAAGGAUUAGAGACAUUUGCAAAGGCCCAAGCUGGACUCUGAGGUCCAGCCCUGUAGAUAAGCCUCAUUACAGUGUAAAACUGAAAAGAAAUCAAGAAAGCCUUGUCAGGAGCACUUGUAAUGUAUUAAAGUGUCCACGUGUGACCAUCAGGGUUUUAUCACAGUA